AUGUCUUUUUUAUAUUCUAUGUUUGUCCUAUCUUGUAAGUUCCAACUUUGUUUAAAUGCCUUGCUUCUCUUAAGUUCUAAGCCUUAUCUUUUUCUUUUUCUCUUCCUUGUUAGAAAUUUCUAUUUUCUAUCUUUGUAUAAAUGCCUUGCUUCUCUAUCUUUUUACGCCCUAUCUUUGCCUUUCUAUUGUUUUAUGUUUGUCUUUCCUGAAGUAUUCAUAUCUAUCUAUUUAUCUAUCUAUCGAUCUAUCUAUCUAUCUGAGCAAGAGUAUUCAUAUCUAUCUAUUUAUCUAUCAAUCUAUCUAAGGAAGCGUAUUCAUAUCUAUCUAUCUAUCUAUCUAUCUAUCUAUCUAUCUAUCUAUCUAAACAAGCGUAUUCAUAUCUAUCUAUCUAUCUAUCUAUCAUCUAUCUAUCUAUCUAUCUAUCUAUCUAUCUCAGCCUGUUCUUAUCUAUUUAUCUAUCUGACCAAGAGUAUUCAUAUUCAUUCAUUCAUCCAUCUAUCUAUCUAUCUAUCUAUCUAUCUAUCUAUCUAUCUAUCUAACCAAGCGUAUUCAUAUCUAUCUAUCUAUCUAUCUAUCUAUUCUUAUCUAUUCUAUCUAUCUUACUAA